AUGGGCGAACAGGAAGAUAUAUCACUGCCCAAGGCAACGGUGCAAAAGAUAAUUUCUGAAGCGUUGGAAAGCGACCUGACGUUCAGUAAAGAAGCUAGGGAGAUCAUUAUUGAAUCUGGAAUUGAAUUCAUCAUGAUUUUGUCGUCUAUGGCAUCAGAAAUGGCCGAUAAAGAAGCCAAAAAGACGAUCGCUCCGGACCACGUGAUCAAGGCACUAGAAGAGCUCGAGUACCAUGAGUUCAUACCAUAUCUGGAGCAGAUACUGGUAGAGCACAGGGAAACGCAAAGGAUCAAAGAGCGUAGAGAUGCCAAAUUCAAGAAAUCGGGACUGUCCGAAGAAGAGCUCCUUCGACAACAAGAGGAGCUAUUCCGGCAGUCGCGCACUCGUUUCCAGCAAACGUCCACAUCGGGUGAGCCAAUCGGCGAGCACGAAGGUGAACCGGAAGGCGAAGACGCUGCAACUAACGAGCUGUCUCCUUCGGCAUCCGUAAAGACCGAAGAAUAG